GGCGCCCAGAACGGGACCUUGAGCGAAGGCCAGGGCAGCGCCAUCCUCAUCUCCUUCAUCUACUCCGUGGUGUGCCUGGUGGGGCUGUGUGGGAAUUCCAUGGUCAUCUACGUGAUCCUGCGCUACGCCAAGAUGAAGACCGCCACCAACAUCUACAUCCUCAACCUGGCCAUUGCCGACGAGCUGCUCAUGCUCAGCGUGCCCUUCCUGGUCACCUCCACGCUGCUCCGCCACUGGCCCUUCGGCGCGCUGCUCUGCCGCCUCGUGCUCAGUGUGGACGCGGUCAACAUGUUCACCAGCAUCUACUGUCUGACCGUGCUCAGCGUGGACCGCUACGUGGCCGUGGUGCACCCCAUCAAGGCAGCGCGCUACCGCCGGCCCACUGUGGCCAAGGUGGUGAACUUGGGGGUGUGGGUGCUCUCGCUGCUGGUCAUUCUGCCCAUCGUGGUCUUCUCACGCACGGCGGCCAACAGUGACGGCACCGUGGCCUGCAACAUGCUCAUGCCCGAGCCCGCGCAGCGCUGGCUGGUGGGCUUCGUGUUGUACACGUUUCUCAUGGGCUUCCUGCUGCCCGUCGGGGCCAUCUGCCUGUGCUACGUGCUCAUCAUCACCAAGAUGCGCAUGGUCGCCCUCAAGGCCGGCUGGCAGCAGCGCAAGCGCUCCGAGCGUAAGAUCACCCUGAUGGUGAUGAUGGUGGUGAUGGUGUUCGUCAUCUGCUGGAUGCCUUUCUAUGUGGUGCAGCUGGUCAAUGUGUUCGCGGAGCAGGACGACGCCACCGUGAGCCAGCUGUCAGUCAUCCUCGGCUAUGCCAACAGCUGCGCUAACCCCAUCCUCUACGGCUUCCUCUCGGACAACUUCAAGCGCUCUUUCCAGCGCAUCCUGUGCCUCAGCUGGAUGGACAACGCCACGGAGGAGCCCGUGGACUACUACGCCACCGCCCUCAAGAGCCGCGCCUACAGCGUGGAGGACUUUCAGCCUGAGAACCUGGAGUCCGGGGGCGUCUUCCGCAAUGGCACCUGCACGUCCCGGAUCACAACUCUCUGAGCCGGGCCCUCGCAGGGGAGGGUGAGGACAAAGGGGAGCCGGGUGUGAGAGGUGAACGUAUCCCAGGGGGCAGGGUGCGGUGUGGCAAAGUGGGAAUAGGACACUGUGCGCUCCGGUCUUCGGCUGAAGAGACCUGGGAAAGGAGCACGACAGAGGUGGAAUCGGGCGUUUUGCGUGUAAACGGGGAAGGCUUGCGAGCCCCCUUCUCCACUCUCCCGCCUUCCUACAGGGCGUCUGUACUUCUGCACCCUCUACACUUCCCACUCUGUAACUUCGAUCUUUCCUGCCGCCCAGUCCUGCCUGUGCAGAUCCUGAACUCUUUACCGUCUCCAACUCAGGCCGCCAGCCGUGCUUUCUGUGUGUUUAAGCCUAGCCAGGGGUUUCCCGAGGGGUGAGUCCCAGCUGGCCCUCAGCCGCGCCCCUGCGCUGGCCAGAUUCCGCCUGGUGCCCCUAGCGGGGUCUGGAACCACCGCUCUCCCCCUUGCACCGCCCUAGUUUAAGGGAGACGGACUCCAGAGUGAACCGCGCAGCCGGCCCUUUCUCCUGCUCUACAGCGAGGCUGCGUCGCCCUCCGAGCCCCCUCGCCACUCCCACGCCACCCGGAGCGGAGCCAGGUGCUUAGCAAAAUCGGUCCCGCGCUUCGAGCCCCAGGCAUUGCGCGGCUCCCAUCCAAACCCCCUUUGGAGCCAAAAGGAGCUGAGAACAAGGGCCGAGGUUGGGGACGGGAAGAGGGAUUGUAAUGGAAGCCACCGCCUCCAGCCCCGCUUACCGCCGGGCUUUAGGUUUCAAAGACCGGCGCUCCUGGGCGCUGGUCUGCCUUAGGCCACCGAGGGCAGGGCGGACUUUCCACGAGGGCCGACUGGGAGCGUGGCUGCAGCUACACUAGGGUGUAUCCCUCACCCAAACGUCAGAGGUGCAGAUCUAAGAGCAGCGACAGACUCAGUUUCCUGCUCUGGUUUAUUCUAAGACAGAGCCCUGGGGCCGGGACCUCUGGUGCCGCCUACAGAGCCCUGGCCUUUCCCCGCUGUGUCGCCGCCACCUGCAGGCUAGAGAGUGGGCCUGUCAGGCCCCAAGGGUUGCCCCUUUCAAGCGGUGCCAAAUAAGUUAUUUUCCUGUUUAACAUACUUAUUUAUUUAUUUGUGGUGUUUGAAAAUUUCUCUGCUUUCCUUUUCUCUGUUUGCCAAGCCCAGGGCUUUUCCUCCAGGACACUGAGGGUGAGGGUGCAGUGUGUGUGUGUGUCUAAGGCUCCCUCAAAACCUCUCCUCUUUGCUGGUCCUCUUUUAUUAUCCUUUUCCAGCCUUUCUAUUUUUGCUUGUAUCCAGUGAGUUUGGAGAUUUUCUUAUACUUUCCUUAUGUAGUCUCUUGUUUGUCUUAUAAUAAAUAAAUGAUUAUGUGGGUUAGCCUCCUCUCAUGCAGAGUGAAAAGCUCUGUACUCCUUGCUUUCAGCAUCACCUUGUAUAUGAUUUGGGUAUGCAUAAUAUAUAUUUACAUAUUAUGUAUAUUUGUUUAUCUUGCUCCAUUGUCACGAGUCCAUAAAAUAGCUCCCAAAUAGAGCCACUAACAAUAACAGGUGUAAGGCUGGCUGAACCACUUUCAGAUAAGGGGGUGCAAGCAGCACUCAAACCUGGAACUCCGAAGUCUGAUUCAGAUAGACUUGAUCCAUGUUGAGGAUGUCCCUGCUUCCUCUAGUUUUCCGCAUAGGUGAGUCCAACACACAGUCCAGUUCACAUCAUUAUUCUUUUAAAGACAUUGAAAAUGUAGUAAGUUGUGUCUGUAUUUAAUCUUACAAACUACAUUGGAAGCCUGAGCAGGACAAGGACCAAUAAUUUUACUUCUUUGUAUUUCCUGUAUUGUUUUAGUAUACUGGCUUGUACAUAGUAGGCACUAAAUACGUGUUUGUUGGUUGAGGGCUUAGGUUAGCCAGAGUGCAUUACAGCGAUCCAUCGGGAGGUGGUAGGUCUGGGGCUCUCGGGUCUACCAUUGACAUGAUACACAAUGGUUGAGAUCACUCUGGAAAAAGAUGUUUCUGUAUAUUUCCUUCAAGAACAUUGUGCUUUCCUGAAAGCAGUAACCAAGAGUUCAAAUGCCCCUUAUGUUUAGUUUAAACUAAUUAACAAAUAUGCUUUUGGUUCUAAA